CUCGCGCCUCUCAUCUCAAAACACUCCAAUCAUUCUUCAUCUUCGGCGGCCCCCCCUAGAGAGAGAUCAGAGAUGGGAAAGCACAUGAGAGAGGCCAAGAUCGCCGGCGACGUGGCGGUGAUGGACCUAUCGCAGCCCACAAUCGGCGUUCGCACCCGCGCCAGAACCCUAGCAUUACUGCGCCGACAAUCCUCCGCCCCGCCGCCGUCUAAUCCGGACUCGAGUUACCUCCAGCUCCGCUCCCGGCGGCUCCCGCUCCUCCUCGUAAAUCCGGAAAAAUCGCCCAGGCGUAACAGAAAAUACGGGCCAAGGGAGAGAUGCUUCCCGCAAGACCCGGGUUCCAGUAAUUCGGAUGCCCAUUCCAGUUCAAGGCCGGUCAGAGUGAGUUCGGGUUCUGUUGGGUCGGAUGGUUAUGAUUUGGGCAUGGAGGCUUCUUCCAAUGGUAGUGAACCAAUUCAGCCAAGAGACGACUGCUUAGCAAGAAGGGAGGCGAAUGAGGCGAUACAUUCGGUGACAGGAGAAUCGAUAGUAAAUCUUCCUUCGAGAUGGGAAAUGGAUGAAUUUUUCGUCCGCUCGGAGCAGCAACAAGAGGCUCUUUUCAUUGACAAGUAUAAUUACGACAUUGUGAAUGAUUUACCUCUACCGGGACGUUAUGAUUGGGUGAAAGUGAGCCAGUAAUUACCUGGACGCCAUGAAGUUUACCACUCUUCAGCCGUUUCCAUUGUCUUCUUCAACUAGUGUAAUCACAGUAACCUCUAGAUGUGUGUAGUUUAGUAACCAUUAGGUGUGUCGUUGUCAUUUAUGUGUAGUUUAACCUUUAGGUGAGUCAUUCAGUCAUUCUUGCGAAAUAAACUUCUUGUUCGACU